AUGUGGGAGCACUGGGCUACGCUCCGAGCACGAACUGCGCAGAAAUACAAGAAACGUUGCAAAUCCAGCAGCGGGGAAGACGGGGCGCAUAUCACGCCAGAAUCACUCGAGGAGGAGGAGGAGGAGGAGGAGGAGGAGGAGGAUAGACUGGCAAAGGCGGCACAGAUACGUCACAUGAUACUAAGCCCGGUGCAAGGCCUGCAGUACGACUAUGUCUCUACACUACGCGUACAACAUACCAAUGCAACGCCCGCCGCGAAAGCCAGUUGGAGAGAUAGACCACACACGAAGCCCCUGGCCACCACCGGCCGGUAUGGAUGGCCGGCGCGGACAAGCGUCCGCGCUUCUGCGACGGCAGCAAAGGGGAAGGGGCAGGGGGGCCGGACGGCGAGGACGUAG